AUGCAAGGGACCCGUUUGGCAUAUGUAUUUGCCUCCCUAAAUUCUGCCCGACUUGCUCUGGUUGUUCUUUCUUCAGAAUGCAUGAUCUUUCAGCGGGCCGCAGAAGAGCAUGUCUCUAUUGUUGGCGACGAGUCUUGCCUGGCCGAGGAGUUUUUUAUGAAACAGAGGACCUUUCAAUCUCGACUAAGGGACUGGCACGCUGCAUUUAUUGACUUUAUCAAGUCGUCACAGGAGCCCCAUACCAAUGGCGCCGCUCUGCUUCUGACGUAUCAUGCAGCCGCUCGGAUAUUUGUCUCGACCUGUUUGACCCGGAGCGAAAUGAUAUAUGAUGCCUACAUGGCUGACUUUCAGACAAUCGUCGAGCAGUCCAAUUCCUAUAUGGACGCUACUGUGGGUACUGCAGGUGCACAACCACCUUUUACGUUUGAAAUGGGUGCUGGCGCGUCACUCUUCUUAACUGCCUUAAAGUGCCGCGACCGUGCUAUACGACAGAAAGCCCUGGACCUGAUGCGUAGAGCUCCUCCCGUGCAGGGGUUCUACAAGUGCGCGCCUGGUGUAACUCUGGCAGAAAAGGUAUCAGAGCUCGAGGAUGCAUUUAGUCUUACCUUGGCUGAAGAUCGACAUAAUGUCGAUCUUAUUGGCUCGUCCUCAGCGGCGACAGAAGAUGGAGAUAUUAAAAAUAGCGUACUGAAUAGGACCUCUGAUGAAAGUCAUCCGAACCAUGGGAUCGAUACUCGUCCCCAUUGUCCGGAUCGUGUUGUGAGAAUAGGUGCGAAGUAA